GUCUAAAUCGCGAGGAAGGAUUGGUGCUUUUGGCGUACGAUCCUGAAGCGGCCUCCGGGAUCCUAACGCGCUCCGAGGGUGAUGAGAGCGACACAUUGCGGGGGUUAAAGCGCUUGUCGAGAAGUGGCGAGGAAGUGGCGAGGUUCGUAAAAAUCGGCAUCGGGGGCGUACGAUCCGGGCAGCGGUAGUGGUGGCGGAUCGGCAAGGGUACUAUGGGAGCGGGGGUAUGGGGGGCGGAGGAGGGCUACAAGCCACGGACCUCCGGCGAAGGCACGAGUUCCAGUGUACCGGAGGAACUUGUUCGCAGGGUCUGCGGUCCCUAAGGCACGACAGCUACCAUGCUACCGAGGAGAACGCCGCAUGUGACGACUACGAGGACAGGAGGACUGACCACGAAGCGAUCCUCGCUUCCGGUCAGCCCACCUGCACAAGCUGCCGGCGAUCGUAUAGGCGCCAGGAGAGCGAAGCGGUUGAGAAAAAGGAAACUCUGAAGCGACGCAUGCCCGAGUCGGAUGGGAUCGGUGCGGUGUACCGGAAGCUGCGGCUUUGUCUGGGCCUUUUCAAGCACGCGAGUAGAAACGAUGAGGCGGAAGAGGACGACGAAGAGAAGAGGCAUCGGUUACGGUGGUGUCGCAGGGGCUUCCGACGAAUCGUGGAAGUGGCGACAAGAGCUCUGCUCCUUGGCAUCGCGCUUCUCGUCACGCCAGGACUCUGUCAACAGGACGCGGUGCACAUCACGGCUAUUCUCGGGGAGAGCGUUGUCUUCAACUGUCACGUAGAGUUCCCCGGUGAGCACCCAGUGCCCUACGUUCUCCAAUGGGAGAAGAAGUGUUGGUGUUGGUGCAAGGGGCAGGAGACACCGAUAUACAUAUGGUACGAGUCGUAUCCGACCCACAGUGGCGAAGGAUACGAAGGUCGUGUCUCGAGGGUGAGCGAGAAUUCACCGUACGGCCAGGCUAGCCUCAAUCUGACGAACAUCAAGGAGAGCGAUCAAGGAUGGUACAAGUGCAAGGUCGUCUUCCUCAACAGGUCGCCCAACAGUCACAAGAAUGGUACCUGGUUUCAUCUAGACGUCCACGCGCCACCCAGAUUCAGCAUAACACCGGAUGAUAUGAUAUAUGUGAAUCUGGGCGAUGCGAUAAUACUCAACUGCCAGGCUGAAGGUACUCCGACGCCAGAGAUCCUUUGGUACAAGGACGCGAAUCCGGUUGAGCCCAACGGACGAGACGUUGGGAUAUUCAACGACGGCACCGAACUCAGGCUCUCGACGAUCAAGAAUGAGGACAUCGGCGAUUACACUUGCAUCGCCAGGAACGGGGAGGGCCAGAUCAGCCACACCGCGCGCGUCAUCAUCGCCGGUGGAGCCGUUAUUAUGGUACCGCCGACGAAUCAAACGAAGCUGGAAGGCGAGAAAGUGCAAUUUUCCUGCGAGGCAAAGGCACUUCCAGGUAACGUGACGGUGCGUUGGUUUCGCGAAGGAGCCCCCGUCACGGAAGUCUCGGCCCUGGAUACCAGAGUGUCCAUCAAGAUGGAUGGUAGCCUGGUUAUCAACCCCGUCAGCGCCGAUGACUCCGGUCAAUAUCUGUGUGAGGUCACUAAUGGCAUCGGCGAUCCUCAGACUGCAAGCGCCUAUCUGAACGUCGAGUACCCGGCGAAGGUUACGUUCACCCCCACUGUUCAAUACUUGCCGUUCCGUCUGGCUGGUGUGGUCCAGUGUUACAUAAAAGCCAACCCGCCCCUGCAAUACGUGACCUGGACCAAGGAUAAACGCCUACUCGAGCCUUAUCAGACGAAAGAUAUUGUUAUCAUGAACAACGGCUCCCUGCUCUUUACACGGGUCAAUGAGAAUCACCAAGGCAGAUAUACCUGCACGCCUUAUAACGCCCAGGGCACGCAGGGCAGCUCGGGUCCGAUGGAAGUCCUCGUACGGAACCCACCUGUCUUCACCCUCGAGCCAGAACCAGUGUACACGAAGAAGGUCGGCGAGACUGUCGAAAUGCACUGCGACGCUCAAGAGGCCGACGGAACGCAGAAACCAACGAUACAAUGGCAUCGGAGGGAUGGCGGACCCAUCCAACGCACUCGCGCAAAAACCAAUGGCGGGAAUCUAACAAUAGAGAGCCUUCGACGUGCGGAUUUCGGAUUUUAUCAGUGCGUCGCAUCCAACGAAGUCGCCACCAUUUCGUCCUCGACGCAACUGAUCGUCGAGGGCACGCAACCCCAUGCACCUUACAACGUGUCGGGCACUGCCACGCAAUUCUCGGUAACACUAACUUGGUUACCAGGCUAUUCCGGUGGUCCUGAUUACAAGCAAGAUUAUACUAUCUGGUAUAGGGAAUCAGGAACUUCGGAAUGGAAGACAAUCCCCGUGACUCCAUCAGGCAGCACAACGGUAACGAUCAACAACCUCACGCCUAGCACGCUCUACGAAUUUGAAGUAAUCGGGAAGAACGCCCUGGGCGAAGGAAUGCUGAGCAAAAUCAUCACAGUCAGGACGCUCGACAUCCUUGAUUACAAAACCCUCGUAUUACCGACUGAUUCUACAGGAAACCCAGUGUUUCCACCAAUCGUGCGACCAAAAGGACCAAAACCAGGUACUCCCCGGAACCUCACGGUAACGGAAAUCAGCAAUGGUUUCCUGAUAACCUGGCAACCUCCUGUGGAAAAAGCCCAUCUUAUCCAAUACUAUACUAUCAAGUACAAGACGGACGGACCUUGGAAAACGCUCAACAAGGGCCAAAUACGACCCGAGGAGACCAGUUAUUUAGUGAAGAACCUGGUCGGUGGUAGGACCUACUAUUUCCAAGUGUUCGCCAACUCGGCCACGAAUUACGGCGCGAGCGACCAGGUGAAGUUUCCUGUGCCGGCUCGUGUUAAACACAAAGCAAUCACCGCGGGCGUCGUGGGCGGCAUCCUCUUCUUCCUCGUCGCCAUCAUCCUCAGCAUAUGCGCGGUGAAGAUAUGCAAUAAACGGAAAAGACGAAAACAGGAGAAAGAACUGCUUUCAGCGUAUAAUAUGGUGGCUUGCCGGGUCACCGACGCCAGGAACGGCGCAGGGCAGGGGCCCCAGGGAACAGUGCCUUUGAAAAAACCUAGAAAAAGCCGAGUACCAGGUUUAAGCCUCCUGAAGGAGAUCCUGAACCCGGAUACUCCGGAUUCGUGCCGUUGUCGUCCGUUGGGCAAGAUCUCUCGGGCGGCUGAUGGCCGCUUUGUCGUGGCGGAUUCGGUCCUCAGCUCGGCCAACAACAGCACCCUGGACGUUUCUAGCAGCGACGACGGUGGUUUCCUGCCGAAGCAGCGGCUCAAGUCCUCGUGGCGACGUCCGCUGGUCGGUACCAGCCAGCUCAGCCUGAGAUCCGACGGCAGCGGUGUGUCUAUAGGUCCCCUGCCAUCGAGCUAUCAUCAUGGCGUCGUAAAUCCUCUGGCGAGGAUACCGCCCGCAAAUGCUUGUACGAUUACGUCACCCAGGUUUCUGGCCAGUUCGCCGAGCGGGGCCCAGGUCCCCUGGACCCCUCUGUACUUCAGCGAUCUCAGCUCCGUCAAGCAACCAUCCUCCGGCGAACGUUCCUUCCCGACGCCGCCCGGCUACCUUCAGCUCCGUAGCGUGCAUCAGCGAUACAGUCAGGAAUUACCAUCGCUAAAGGCGAUCCACGCCGAGUCGAGGCGGUUCGUGCCGGUUCAACCGUUGGCGACGUCUUCGCCGCCGCAGCCGGCCGGACGGCCCAGAGCGAGGCUGCCGCCGAGACACGCCAGGCACGCCCGAUCGGCACCGGAGCUCGCGGCCUCACCCGAUCUGGAGACCUCGCCCGAGAGCAGAUCGAGCAGCUCAGGUUUCGGCAGCAAGAACACCUCGCAGCAGAACCAAAGCUCAAGAAGCGGUAGCACGGUCGCCGAAUGGAGGCCGCCGCCUUACAGACCACCCCGCCGCCGUGGUGGCGCUGCGACUCAGGAUCAGGCCAAAAUAGGCGACACGCAUAUACAAAACGCCGUGGACGCCGGCAGCGUCGACGGCCAUUACGAGUUCGAUCCGGUGUCGUGCACGCCGACACCGACCUCGGCCUCGACACCCACGCGGGAGGAGAGACCGCCGAUGCAUCAGAUCCACACGAUUCACGUUCCCCACAUUCAUCAGGUGCACACGAUACAUCAGCAGGCGCCGAGAUACAGCAGAGAGAACAUAGAGGCCCGUGUACAGGCAAUGAAGGCGGAAUUUCAUCAGUUUCGGCAGAGACAAGCGAGAAGACGACAGAGCGCGCACUUGGAAAGCGCGUGUUGAAGAUCGAAAAGAGAAAACUCGAAGAUCCGUACGAUCGAUCGGCGAUCGAUGCGCUUUUUUUAUUCAGAUACCGCGAGUCUAAUGACGCGAAUCGAAACGAUUCGGAUGGCUGCACACUCGCGGACGAGUUAAACACAUAAAGUACGAGAUGAAAGUAACAUUUAAAAGAGAAGACCAGGAUGAGAGAAGUCUCGAAGGAAGCUAGAUAUCGCUCGCGAAUUGUAGAUUUUGGUACUGGCUUUUGUCUACCGUAAAGAGUUUUGUCUCGCGCGUUCCAACCACGGCGACGACGACAACGUGAUCAUCACCGAAGACCAACCACCGCAGCACAACGAGGAUCAUCAUCACACGUGAUUCCGCAUUUAGAGGAGUUUAAGUCAAUUCUAGUAGCUGGACAUCCAUCUACAAAAGAAGGCUGUUAUAAGCAUCAGCUCAGGAUACAUAAGUUUCGCACGACCACAAGACGGGAGCGACGUAGUAGAACCGUACGUUAAGACGAUAAUCCUUCGGAGUUUCGCCCGUUUUACCGAUUAAGAGGACUGUCGAGUAUCCUACGGGGGAAACAAUUUCGAUAUCAUUUAUCCGGGGA